UUGAGAAAAGUGUGCAUUCAGUCUCCUCUUCGAUUCUACGAAUGGAGUCGCACAAUUCCUCAGAGGUUGAUCAACACCGAACGGUUUAAAUUUUUCUUCUUGUUAACAGAGAUUCAGGUUAUUUCCAUAAAUAAAUUAUACGAGUUAUCCGACGAUGCGAAGCGGAAGGAAUGGCUAGAUGAUUGGCUGAGCUUCAUGCAUAGGAUCGGAAAGCCGGUGACACGAAUCCCGAUAAUGGCGAAACAGGUGCUCGAUUUAUACGAGUUGUAUCGUCUUGUUGUCCAACAUGGUGGUCUUGUUGAAAUUAUCAACAAAAAACUCUGGCGAGAAAUUACUAAAGGUCUUAAUCUACCAUCCAGUAUCACUUCGGCUGCGUUCACCCUUAGAACUCAAUACCAGAAAUACCUUUACGAUUACGAAUGCGAAAAGGAAGCACUAUCAAACCCAUCAGAUCUUCAGGCCGCCAUUGAUGGAAAUCGGCGAGAAGGCCGCCGGAAUGCCUCGGCACCGAACUUCGGACCACUCGGUUAUCCUCUACCGCAUGCUUCGACUGCAGCCAAUCUACUCACGAAACCAUUCAACGGCUUAGGAGUGAGAACUGGUAAUUAUGGUGUGAUACGCUCAUGCUAG